AUGACAACCACCGUGCCCUUGAUAUACUCGUUCCCCGAGUUUGAAGGCGUGGCCGAGGCAGUGGCCGAUCACAUCAUUUCUGCUCAGAAUAUGACCUUGUACAACACUUUGGACCAUGCCCUUAUCGAGAAGUUGAGAAUUGCCGCUUCCAGACCACCUUUGGUCGAUGCCCCUUCGUCCAGCUCGCUCCUGGUUGCCUCAGCCAUGGGCCAUAGCAGAAGCAGCAGUGCUAGCAAUAACAAUAGCGGGUCCAACAUACAUGGCGAAGGCUCGCGCCGGACACUGAAGUCCAAGAAGAAAGGGGAAGUACGCUUCAAGAUUGCGAUUUCCGGAGGUUCUUUGAUCAAGAUUUUGCACCAGGGCUUGCUUUCCAGACAUAGUGAGAUUGCGUGGGACAAAUGGGAUAUCUACUUUGCAGAUGAGCGGUUGGUACCGUUCGAAAGUCCCGACUCCAACUAUGGACUGGCAAAGCGCCAGAUUUUCGACUUGAUUGAAGGCGACAAGAAGCCCAAUGUGUUCCACAUCGAAGAACUGUUGAUCGAAGACCCACAAGAAUGUGCGGACAGCUACGAAAAGUUGCUAAUCGACAACUUUGCCCGCAAGGACAGUGUCAAGUUGCCAAUGUUUGACCUUCUACUUCUCGGAUGUGCCCCAGACGGCCAUAUUGCGCUGUUGUUCCCCAAUCAUGGCGAACAGUUACGUGAGAAGUUGGCUUGGUGUAUGCCUGUGCUGAAGGCACCACUGGGUCCUGAAAACAGAAUCACUUUAUCCAUCCCCGUCAUCUGUCACGCUCAACAAGUGACAUUUGUGGUGGAGGGAUUAACAAAGGCGCCAGUGAUGCGCAUCAUUAUGGAGAGACCGGAGAAGGGCUUGCCUAGCUCCAUUGUUAACGAAGGCGCCAUGGGCAGAGUGGCUUGGUUUGUGGAUGAUGCAGCCUUAAAGGAUUGUUACGACAUCACAAAGAAGAAGUACAAGUUUUUGAGCAUUCCCGAACCUUCUUCUACAUAA